AUGCAACCGUUCUCGACCGGCAGCACAAUGGCGAGCGAGACACCGACCAGCCUCCCACCGGAGAGAGUUACCUCACCGGCGCCGUGCAAGAACUUGACCUUCUCGAUCGCGAAAAUCAUGGAGCCGGACAAACGUCUGACCGAGCAGAGCAACAACAAUCAGCAAACGACGACGGCGACGACGACGACGACGACGGCGACGACGCCGCCGCAACCACCGCCGCCCAGCAUCCCCUCGUUAAAUUAUUCGGCCCACUUGGAAUCAGCGUUCAAGAAGUACGUGCCAACGUUGAGGCAACAGAAUCUCUUGCAACCGUACUCCCUUCUCUAUUAUCAUCCCAACUCGCUGCUGAGUGCCUUCCCGGCUCCGCCACCCGCCACCCCCGCCGUCCCACAGAAUUCGCCGCCCCCCAUCACCAUUCAAAAAGCUUUCUCGAAGAUGAGCCUGGCUGCGAUCUCGCCCGAGAGCCAGCGUGAAAAGAAGAGCCCCGGACCACGGAGUAACGAACUCAGUACGACGAACAAACAGAAGACAUUCACCUGCCCUGAAUGCGGCAAGGUGUUCAACGCCCACUACAAUCUGACCAGACACAUGCCCGUCCACACGGGGGCGCGGCCGUUCGUCUGCAAGAUAUGCGGCAAAGGGUUUCGCCAAGCGAGCACUCUGUGCAGGCACAAGAUCAUCCACACGGCGGAGAAGCCGCACAAGUGUCCUACCUGCGGCAAAGCUUUCAACCGAAGCUCGACCUUGAACACGCACAGGCGCAUCCACGCCAACUACAAACCGUUCGUGUGCGAGUAUUGCGGGAAGGGGUUCCAUCAGAAGGGAAACUACAAGAAUCACAAGUUGACGCACAGCGGCGAAAAGGCGUACAAGUGCAACAUUUGCAACAAGGCGUUCCACCAGAUUUACAAUCUCACCUUCCACAUGCACACCCACAACGACAAGAAACCAUUCUCGUGCAAGAUCUGCGGGAAGGGGUUCUGCAGGAACUUCGAUUUGAAGAAACACAUGAGAAAAUUGCACGACAGCGGAUCACCCGUGUUGAACGGCCUAGGUACUUCGGCGCAGAGUCACAAUCAACAGUCCGGUUACGCGUCCGUCCACCACGGACCCGGUGCCCACUCGUUCGUCAGUCCUUUCCUGCUUCCGCCGCCAGGUACCACCAGUUACUUGAGCAAAAUGUUGUGACAAGGCGACGGCGUUCAUUAUCCG